AUCAUCAUAUUCAUCGCCCUGUAUAUACACAAGUACCCAAAAUCCAAGCCCAUCUCUCUCUCACCCUCUCUAUCCUCAAAAUCUAAUCUCUCGAUUUCUUCUCCUCUUCCUUUGUUUCUCUCCUCUCCUUUCCUCUCCUCUCCUCCUCCACCUCCUCGUGGUGGGCAUAAUCAAAAAAUGAAUGGAUGUGGGUAUCAACAAAAGAGCAGUGAGGGGAGGAGUAUGGUGAUGGUGGACUCUAUGUCUAUGGUUUGUCCUAAGCCUCGUCGAUUGGGUCUUUUAAAUCCUUCACUCAAUGAUCCUUUUAGACCCUUGAGAUUGCCCAUCAAUCACCAGACUGAGAUGGGAGAUUCUAAGGCUGGGGCUGAGCUCCUCGACAUAAUUCUCACUAAGGGAGGAUGUGGUGGAGAAAGAUCCAGUUACCAAGUGCCAUCAUCGCCGCCUUUUUAUUGUGGAUCACCACCAAGCAGGGCAUCAAACCCUGUUAUUCAAGAUGCUCAAUUUGGGAAUGAGAAGAUAAUUCCUAUUCCUUCGUCUCCUGGUCCACUAUCACCAUCAGCACGUAAAGGAGGAGGAGGGUGUGUCCGAAUGACAUUGGGGCACAAGCCUGCUGCUGUGAGGAUUGAAGGGUUCGAUUGUCUUAGCAGAGAUAGGCGAAACUGCAGUAUCUCUGCUGUGGCUUAAAGCAAUUGAACCCUCUAAUUGAAAAAAGAAAAAAAAAACCCAAGAAAUUGGCAUAUUUGAAUGUUUAAAAGAAGAGGAAGAAAGAAAUUGGGAAAGCUAUAAUUGUUUUCCGGUUUUUGUUGUAUAUAACGAUUUACUGGUGUUUCUUGGUGAGUUUUGUCUGUGUUGUGCGCUCUCAGAAUAUGUACAUGUAAUGAAGGCUGAGAGGUUUAAUUCUUGACAAAAAUAAGCAAAAGGGGAGAGAAGCAAGUGAUUUCUCUUGGUAGGUUCAUUUGUUCUUGUUCAUAGGGAGAGAGAGAAGAGGUUCAUUUGAGAAUUAGAUCUUUGAGAGGGAUUUUCAAUCCACUGUAAUAUUUUUAUGUUUGUGAACUAUCUAAUCCUUGUUUGUGUAAUUGUAAUUUGAAGUAAAUAAGGAUUAGCCAUUUGGAAA